GCCAUGUUCCGGGCAUCGCCCCAGCCUCGCGGCCCUCAACCCUCCCAAGGUUUUCUCCUCCCAGCCAAGCGCUCCCCUGCUUCUUUCCGCCCGGCGGCCAGGAACCCCCCGCUCCCAGUAACCCCUCGUGUUUCACUCACCACUACCGAAGACACGUCUUGAGCUUCCACUGACGUCUGCCCCCUGCCCAAGCAUCUCGACCCGGGGGCUUCUCCCUGUCCCGCCCACAACCGACCCCAGCCAAUCGGAAGCCAGCGGCUGGCACGCGGGGGCGGCCCGGAGCGGGUCCUGGAUUGGCUGGAGCGAAGUGCGCGGGUGGCUGGGCGGGUCUCCAAGACCAGCUUGUCCGAUCUGAAGAACUCCAGGACUGAGCAAGUCCUCCCUGACAUGGCUACCACUGCCUCCCCCCUGCUGCUUCCCACCGAGGACACCAGUUCAGAGAACAGCAGCUCCUUCUAUUACUUUGACUACCUGGAUGAAGUGGCCUUUAUGCUCUGCAGGAAGGAUGAGGUGCUGUCCUUUGGCCAAGUCUUCCUGCCCAUCUUCUACAGCCUGAUCUUUGUGUUCGGCCUGGCUGGGAACCUGCUUCUUCUUGUGGUCUUGCUCCGAUACGUGCCUCACAGGCAGAUGGCUGAGGUCUACCUGCUGAACUUGGCCAUCUCCAACCUCCUGUUUGUGGUGACGCUGCCCUUCUGGGGCAUCUCCGUGGCCUGGCAUUGGGUCUUUGGGAAUUUCUUGUGCAAGAUGGUGAGCACUCUCUAUACCAUUAAUUUCUACAGUGGCAUCUUCUUCAUUAGCUGCAUGAGCCUGGACAAGUACCUGGAGAUCGUCCAUGCUCAGCCCUACCAUAGGCUGAGGACACGGGCCAAGAGCCUGCUCCUUGCUUUCAUGGUGUGGGCCGUGGCCCUGGCCAUCUCCAUUCCUGAUAUGGUCUUUGUGCAGACACAUGAAAACCCCAAGGGUGUGUGGAACUGCUAUGCAGAUUUUGGUGGGCAUGGGACUGUCUGGAAGCUCUUUCUCCGCUUCCAGCAGAUCCUCCUGGGAUUUCUGCUUCCACUCCUUGCCAUGAUCUUCUUCUACUCCCGCAUUGGCUGUGUCCUGGUCAGGCUGAGGCCCCCAGGCCAGAGCCGGGCUCUAAGGAUGGCCGCAGCCCUGGUGGUGGCUUUCUUCGUGCUGUGGUUUCCGUACAACCUCACCUUGUUUCUGCACUCGCUCCUGGACCUGCAAGUCUUCGGGGACUGCAAGGUCAGCCAGCACCUGGACUAUGCCCUGCAGGUGACGGAGAGCAUCGCCUUCCUUCACUGCUGCUUCACCCCCAUCCUCUAUGCCUUUUCCAGCCGCCGCUUCCGCUGGUACCUGAAGGCCUUCCUGGCCACUGUGCUCAGACGGCAGCUGGCACCUGGCACUGCCCAGGCUUCCCUGCCCAGCUCUUCUGAGAGCAGCAGGCUCACUGCCCAAGAAGAAAUGACCAACAUGAAUGAGCUUGGGAAAAGGCAGGCAGAGGGCUCCCCCAACAAGGGGGAUGUGGGAAAAAAUUAAGGUAGAGUGGCCCUCCCACAGGCUAGCAAGAGCCAACAGGACUGAGCUCUGUGAACGAGCUCCUUUAGGCAUCCACCUCCAUCACUCCAGCAAAACUGCUCUUGCCAAGGUCCCCAGUGACCAUGUUGCUAAAUCUAAUGGUCCAUUUUUGGUUCUCAACCAUCAGCAGCAUUUGAUGGAAUGCUCACUGUCACCUUUUUCCUCCACCUUCUUCACUUGCUUACAGAACAACACACUCUUUUGCCUGAAUUGCUGCAAUCAUUCCCCAGGUGACCUCCAUGCUUCCAGUGUUGCUCUUCUGGUGUCUAAUCUUCAAACAGCAGCCACUGUGAACCUUUAAAACACUUAAAUCAGACCACGCCACUCCUCAGCCAUCACUGCCACCUUCCUAGGAGGAGAACCCAGGUCCUUAAGAGUGACCCCCACAAAGGCUAUUGAUCUGCCCUCUUCCGCCUUUCCUUUCUGGUCUCAGCCCCAUCAUGCUCCCUCCAGCUCCCUUUGCUCCAGGCACUCUAACCUCUAUGCUGCUUCUCAAAUCUUCCAGGCCACACCCCCAGGGUCUUUAUUCUAGCUCUUUCCUCCUACGGGAAUGCUCUUUCCCCAGGCGUCUGCUUGGCUCGCAGUCCUCAGGUCUUGACUCAAUCUCACCUUCUCAAUUAGGCACCCCCUGUCCUCCCUAUUUAGUAAACAACCUGCCUGACCUUGGUGCUCCUGAUCUCCCCUCCUCUGCUCUAUUGUUAAUUUUUUUUCAAUAGCACUUAUCUCUGUCAGUUAUGGAAUGUAUUGUGUCCCCCCAAAAGGCAAGUUCAAGCCCUAACCCCCAGUCCUCUGGAUGUGACCUAAUUUGGAAAUGGGGUCUUUGCAGAUGUUUUACGUUAAAGAUACAGCCAAACUGGAUUAGGGUGGGCUUGACGCCAAUAUAACCAUUUGUUCUUAGAAGAAGGGGAGAGGGGUACAGACAGAUGAUGGGAGGACGUCAUGUGAUGAAUGAGGCAGAGAUAGAAGCCUAAGGGCUGCUGGCAAACCACCAGACCUAGAAGAGGUCCCUACAGAUUUCAGACUUCUAGCCUCCAGAACUAUGAGACAAUAAAUUUGCUUUUUUAAGCCAUUCAGUUCGUGGUACUUUGUUACAGCAGCCCUAGGAAACAACAUUUUCUAACAUUCAAUAGGAUUCGCUUUUUAGUAAAGUUUAUCGCUUGCCCCACUACCCCUGCAAACUCCCCAGGACAGGGAUCUUGGUUUGGCUCACUGAUGGAUGCAAGCACCUGGCACAGGGCCUGGCAUGUAAUAGCAAGUUUUCAGUAAGUGGUUGUGAAAUCUAUGGGUGCAGGAGGAGCACCUUCCCUUCACCCACCAGGCUCCCCACUUCCCUGUAGCUAGUUCUGCUGGCGGAAAUCUGGUUUAAAAGACCAUCGUGGUAGUCUUAAUGGUAGCUCCAGGGUCUGGCAAUCAGGAGGGGCAGGGAGGCGAUGGAGAUGCUCUGCCCAAAGGACUGCCUGGGAUAUGGGCAGGCUGCAAGAGGUAGGCAGAGUGAACCCUGUGUUCCCCACGGGCUGGGAAGAUAUGUCCUCUAUCUCUCCUUUGCCUCCAAAGCCUUUAUGGAGCCCUGGAGCCUGCAAAAUCAAGUACAAAUCUAUGGCUGACUUCAAGGCCAGGGAUUUGGCAAAUAGAAUUUAAUGCACUUUCUGAGCCUUACACUCCUCCACUCCCCUUUUCACUUCCAGGAUGCCCUUGUUUUUCCUGCAUACUCCCACGUCUAGCUUUUGCUCAUGCCAUCUCCCUCAUGGAAUAGGGAUCGUUUUCCAGCCAAGCAUCCAGUCACCCUUGUCUUGUAACUCAUGGUAGUUUGAAGCUGUAUGUCCCCCAGAAAAGAUCCCUUUUAAUACAUUCCUGUGGGUGUAGAACUAUUGUGGGUGGGACCUUUUGAUUAGGUUGUUUCAAUUGAGAUGUGACCCA